CCCUGUUCGCGUUUUCUUCACACAAACAUAAGUACGCAUGCACACAUAUACACACAAGCGUGAGUUAACUGCGAAUAUUAGCAUUGYCUCAAAGUCUGUGCUUGUACAUCAUCGCAGAAACAGUACGUCGCCGGCGACCGCUCGCUCACCAUAUAAUAAUAUUGUCUUCGUACAUCGUCUCCGUCGCCAUCAUGUACAUCGAGUGGCUGCGAAGUAGCCCUUGCUAUGUAGCAAAGUGUGUGUUGUUGCUCCAACUCAUAUACAGAACGACUGGGGCAGGAUGUUCGGUGGAUCAUGGCAGUGGGAUGAAUUAUCCGACGACCACUGCCAGCGGGACAUGGACAACUCGCGGAGGGAUAUCUUCUUACGGCUGGGACAGCCGACAGCCUAUAGAUCCGUGUAGCCGUUGUACAAACGUUCCACCGCCAUUGCCCGGAUCACAGUACACGACACAAGCUCACGACGGUGGGAUGUACAGUGUAAACGACCGUAUUAGCGUCAGUGGUUAUAUGUCAGAUAAUCGGGUUUCCGUGAGUGGUUACAUGACGGAUAACCAUGGUAGUACGGGUAUGUUCGGAUCAGACAAUCGACACUCUGGUUAUUCGGACAAUCGUGGUAAUGGUUAUAACACUGACAAUCGGGGUCAGAUGAACAGUCGGCCAAAUGGUUAUAACUCGCUAAGUCAUGUUACUGGCAACGGUUAUAUGUCAAGCAAUUCUAAUUACGGCAGUAACAGUCAAGUAACUGAUAAUCACGUCCAAAUAUACAACACCCAAAAUGCAGACAGCCUUAUAAAAAAUCCUAAUUACCGGGGUAAUGGUUACGAUAAUUUAAGCCCGGAAUGGGAACGAAGACACAACAACAAAAAAGUUAGCAUUGUCGGUAGCAGCAGUAGCUAUGGAAGUGGUAUAGGUGGUGGCAGUGGCAGUGGUGGCUAUGGAGACGGUAUUGGUGGACACGUUAUCAGUGUAGGUGGUAUUAGUGGAAGUAGUGGAUAUGGAAGCGGUGGGAAUGGAGGCAGUAUUAGUGGAAGUGGUGGUUACAGUGGUUAUGGGCAUGGUACUAGUGGUUCGGGAAAUGGUGGAAGUGGAUAUUAUCAAGGAAUGUCGUAUCCUGUUCCCAAUAUUCCCGACGAUCACGGAACACAUAUGCUAGGUAAUUACCAUAGACCGUCUACCAACCGGUGGAAUAUCAAAGGAGCAUAUCCAGUAAAAGUAGAAUCSGGAUAUUGGCAGAGUCAACCACCCAAAGAUAUCGGAUGGGAUGAAGCCAGCAAGAAGGUGGGAGUGAUAGCCGGAUGGAUUGGUGGUCCGAAUAAGUACGAUUCCAGUAAACCUUCAACGGYGUACGGUUCGCAUCAGGUGAAUGACAAAAAUGACGACGAUUACUUCAAUAAGGGAACUGGUUACGAAAACAAUUCGGACCGAAAAAAACCAUAUAUGGGUUGGGGAGGUUCCGGAUCGUACGAGGUGAUCAAAAUGAACAACGGAUACAAGUACAUUGACAAAAAUAGCAACAGUGACUACGGCACUUCUUACGGAAACGGUUAUGGUUACGGGGGACAGAAUCACAAUAACAAACCKAGUCAAGAUUACGGCUUGAAACCGAUGAACGUCGACCAUGGCAGACCUUACGACCAUGGGACUUCAAGUUACGCCAAACCCACUCACGGCUAUGAUAAACCAAUAAACGACUACGGUAAGCCCACACACGAUUAUGGUAAACCUACUACACAAGACUAUGGUACGCCAACCACUCACGAUUACGGUUCUAGGCCCCAUGUCGAUUACCAGAGUACAUCGCGUCCAAUUGGAUUCGAAUCAACGACCCCCCGACCACUAGGGUGGGGUUUUCAGAAACCAGGAUAUCCAGUGAUAGCUUCUCGACCCACUCAGCACUGGGGUGAAAACUCCUUUGGUGAACAAUCAGGAAAUAUAGGUGGUGGUUCAGUAGGUUACGACAGACCUAGCGGAAACGUAGUAGGAAGACCGUUUGAUUAUGGUGUUUCAAGGCCAGAAAGUUACGAAACACAUAGACCGGUUGAUUAUGGUUUAUCGAGACCGGCUAGUUACGGAACUCAGAGACCGGACAAUUAUGGAUCUUCUCGUCCGAAUAAUUAUGGAUCUUCUCGUCCGGAUAGUUAUGGAUUUUCUCACCCGAAUGGGUAUGGAUCAUCUAGGCCCGAUAAUAGAGGAGAAAUAUCAGAUAAUGGAUCAUUCAGACCUUAUGCGGGAUCCAUGAACAAUAUGGUGUCAGAUUAUGGCUCCCCAAAACAGGAGUUCGAUAAAUUUAGUGGUUAUUCAGAUAACGAUGAUGGUAAUGGCGGUAGACCACAUAAUAUACACAACAGACCGGGAUACGACAAUGAAAGGCCAUUUAUGAACGGAAACGAAGUUUACGGUUCACAGCAGCAGACAGGUUCGGGAUAUGGAAAAGGAUACGCGUCAAAUUGGAACUAUUAUUCUAAUUCCAUGAGCGGACAGUCCAGCAACGGAUGGAAUGAUCAGCAGAGAGAAUAUUUGCAAAGGAGACCAGACGGUGACGUGUUGCAGUCCGGAUCAAGCUUCAGACCCUCCGAGUCCACUCCUCUACAUUACAACGGCCACAGCGGCAUCGGCGCAUCGACCGACAAUGGUUUCCUGUACAGGGGUUCGUCGACGAUCGGUGGCUCAUCUACCACUCCUAUGCCGACGACUAAUAAUUCGUAAUCGUUUUCAUAUUAAUCAUAAUUUAAUGAAUAUGAUUUUUAGUCGCUUUUUUUCCACUGUGUACCUAAAUUUUUUUGUGCAAUAUUUUUUUUACGCUGAAAGGGCGAUUAAUGUUAUACAAAUAAUAUUAUUUUGGUAUAGAUUUCAUUUUAAAAAAAAAUGUGGAGAACUUUUAUUUUUAUUUUUCUAGGUUGGCAUAUGUAUGAUUAGUGACAACUGACAGUUGAUCAUGAUUUAUCAAAUAUGUGAGAAUCAAUUACUAUUUUAACAAUAAUUUUAAAUUAGUUAUAACUUAUAAGUAUAAUAUUAUGCAGUAAACAGAAGUCACAACAUAUUAGAAAUAGCGUAUGGUAUAUAUAUAUUAAAUUGUAUACACUAUGCAUACCGAGUGAUUUAAAAUAAAUUUCACAGGCCAUUUUAUCAUUUAAAAGUAGAGAAGAUAAAAAAAUUAUGAUACGAAAGUUUUCUUAUUUGGAAAAGUUGGAAUUAGAAAAUUAAAAUUAAAUGGGAAAUCGUACUUUUUAAAAAUAUUUUUAUGAUAAAUAUACAAAAAUGAAUGAUGAACUGUAUGUAUGAUAAAGAUUUUAAGUUUUAGUGAGCGAAGUGGAAUUGAACAAGGGUGCCUUGACAAAUGUUCAAUAAUCCCCUCACCUAAACUUUAAAUACCUACUUAUGAUUAUUGAAUUAAAAUUCCAUUUUAUACAUAAUACAUCAACAUACUCUGAAUC